CUCCAAGAGUCUUCGUCGAACGAUAGCAGGGCCUGCCACUCCUUUGUUUGCAUGUCUAGUACAUAGCAGUCCACUCCUUCAAAACCAAAACUCUAAAGCCAAGACUUCCGGUUGAACCGUUGAUAUAUCUCACGACUUCCCUCAGAUCUCAUCAGCUCCAUCUCUGACCUACCUACCGCAACAUCAAUUCAAGUCGUCCUUCCUUCGGUUCAUCCUUCUGUCACUCCUUUCGUCGUUGAACCACCACCAUUGUUCAACCACACCAAACCAAAACUUUUUUCGAGACUCCUUGACGGAAUCUCAAACCCAACAGUGCUGUCAUCCGCUCAUCAGACUGGUUCUGAAUCACAUCCGAUACCAACAGACUACACACUAAAGUUCACCACAUUUCUUCUUGUGCCUCUUAACCGAUCAUCAUGAAGGCAUCCUUGUUCAUGGUCGGCGCUAGCGCCAUCCUGGCUUCGGCCAGCCCCAUUGGAAACGUUCUUAACGAGCGUGCCAUGAAGACCGAAUGGGUCUACGAGGUUGUCACCGUCGUCGUCACUGAGGGUGCCGAGCCCAAGAAGGCUGCGCACACCGCCACAGUCUACGAAGCCCCCCAGGCUCCCAAGGUCACCCAGGACGCUGUCAAGGUCGUCGAGGAGAAGCCUGCUCCUGCUCCUGUCGUGGUCAAGGAGGAAGCUCCCAAGCCUGUCGUCAAGGAGGAGCCUCCUAAGCCCAAGGUCGUCACUGUCUGGGUCGACCCUACGCCCACCCCUAAGGUGGUCAAGGAGUACACCGAGAAGGUUGUCGAGAAGCCUGCCGCUCCCGCUCCCGUCUACGAGGCCCCUCAGCCCGUCGUCGAGAAGGCCAAGACUACCAUCCAGAAGGUCGUCAAGCCUACCCCCACCCGAGCCGAGCCUAAGGUUACUGUUGAAGCUAGCAUCGACACCUCUAACCUUUCUCUCGAUGGUGCCUACGACACCGUCAUGCUUGCCUACCACAACAUCCACCGCUCCAACCACUCUGCCCCUGCUCUUGAGUGGGACGAUGAGCUCGCCGGCUACGCCGAGAACACUGCCAAUGGCUGUGUCUUUGAGCACGACAUGGACCAAGGCAAUGGCGGUUACGGUCAGAACCUCGCUUCCUGGGGUGCCACCAGCGACAUUGAUGGACUCAAGAACAAGGCUGCUGCUGGUGGUAUUACCAACCAGUGGUACGACAGUGAGAUGUCCAACUGGGCUUUCUACGGCCAGGAGAACCCCCCCUACCGACAUGAACAUCGACCUCUACGGUCACUUCACCCAGGUUGUCUGGAAGGACUCCACCAAGGUCGGCUGUGCCACUGUCAAGUGCCCUGCGGGAACUGUCCUCAGCUUCCCCUCGUGGUACACCGUUUGCAACUACAACCCUCAGGGUAACUUUGGUGGUCGUUACGGCGACAACGUCCUCAAGCCCGAGGGUGCCAAGCGUGUUACUGUCUAGGAGCACAGUCCUCCUCACUGAUCGGAAAAGGCGCACUUCUACAUCCAUCUUACAGAACAGCCCUGUGAUUCUUUCUUGGGCAAGAACUUGUAUCUAGUGAGGUGGCAGAAGGCGUAGCCUCCCAACCACGUCUACAGCAACUGUUUUCUUUUUCUCUUCAUUUCGAUUCUUCAAUGUACGUUAUGCAUCAUCGUACUUAACGAUCUUCUUCGUUCAACAUUGGGCCACACGGCCAACUUUCUUAUCAUGGUCUUAACUUUACAUGCCUGGCGUCUAUGAAAAAAAUGAAAUUAAAAUAGGGAUGGCGCGUAAGGAACGAGGGUGAAUGAUGAGUGCCGCCUGUGCUGGCUUUUUCUUUACUACAAGGUCGCAUCUUCUUUUGCCUGACUCUGGGUUGCGAAUGGUUUGACUGAGUCUCGGCUGACUUGGGGUUUGCCAAAACAUGUUUGAUUGCUUUUUCAGUGCUCAUAGAAGCAUGUUGAUAGACACGAAUAGCAUAUUGAUUUCGCCAACAAUUGUCUUCU